AUGGACGAUAUCGAAUCCCGACCAUGCGAUGUAAAUAAUAUAUCUGCGUCGGCAGUCACAGCAAAGCCCGAACUUGGCGCCCCUCUCGACGCAGCACCGGCGACCUGGACCCCGGCGGAGGAGACUGCGGUUAGAAGAAAGGUCGACGUGACGGUCAUUCCCAUGCUCAUGGCAACCUUCUUCGCCUUCCAACUCGACCGUGCCAACAUCGGAAAUGCUCUAACAGAUAAUUUCCUCCAUGAUGUGGGCAUCACGCAAGACUGGCUGAAUGUUGGGCAGCAGCUCUUAGCCGCUGGUUUGAUACUGCUAGAGAUACCAAGCAAUAUGGUCCUGUACAGCAUAGGACCACGUAUUUGGAUCACAUGCCAAAUUAUAAUUUGUAUUCUGGAGGCUGGGUUCAUACCAGCAGGACUGUACAUGCUCUCGCAAUGGUACACGGAAUCCGAACUGAGCAAGCGUUUCGCGACAUUUUAUGCUGGCCUUAUUUUAGGACAAGCUGUCAGUGGCUUGCUUGCCUAUGCUAUACUUCAUUUGCGUGGCAUUGGAGGUUUGGCCGGGUGGCAGUGGCUGUUCCUACUUGAGGGAAUCUUCACGGUUCUCGUGGGCGUUUUAUUCGGCUGUUUCUUUCCAGGAACGCCAUCCCAUCCGACCACGUUGACUGGGUUGCGAUAUUUCUCGGAACGCGAAAUAUUUGUCUUGUUGCAGAGGAAACACCUUGACGGUAGCUGCAAGGACCAACAUAACAAGAGGAUAAAGUUUCGCAUAGUCAUGAAAUCGCUUGCAAACGGGAAAGCCUGGCUCCAUAUUCUUGCGAGCUUGUGCAAUGCAAUCCCAACUUCAGCUUUGGCAGCGUACGGACCUACCAUCAUUGGUUCUUUUGGAUUCGAUGCACUGGGUGCGAACGCCAUGGCCUCGGUUGCCCAAUGGAUAUCUUUGGUCUUGACUCUCACUGCUGGAUACAUCGCAGACCGCACAGGAAAACGGGGCCUCCUGGUUCUGGUCGGUGCGAUGAUGCAGAUGGUAUUUGCAAUUACCUUCAGAUGUUUACCUGAUAGAUCCAAUGCGGCUACUAAAUUUGGCAUAAUGACCAUGGUUUUGGCUAAUUGUCACUGGUGGACCUCGGUGAAUGCGUCGUGGUUGUCAAUACAUACACCAUCAGCCCAGGAGAGAUCAAUCACACUAGCUCUGUUGACGAUGGCGAUCAACGGCUCCCUCCUUGUUGGGGCUCAGCUAUUUCGAUCAGACGAUUUGCCACAUUAUCAUCGAGGAUGGUCAAUUAUUUCGGGAGUUUUGGCGUUUGGGUUUGUCUGCGUCACUUGCUUAUUAGUCGCUUACGCGGUGGGAGAUCGCAGGAAACGCAACAAUGCUGGAUUGUCACAUGUGGAUGAAGCAAAUCGAGAGUCUAAGAAAUCGAAUGGUCAAUCCUCGCAACCUAGGAACGGGUCAAGGAGACGGCUUUAUAACGUCUAA